CUUCUACUUCAUUUUCUCAGCCUCCUUUUCAACUCUCUCUCCCUCUGAUUUUCCUUACAUUUUUUUCCAUCUCUCUCACCUGUGCUCAUUUCUGACACUUGACCUAGGAUUCAGCAAACUUUUCUGUUUUUGGUAAUAAAAAAAACAAGAAAAACUUAUAAAAAUCCCAUCUUUUGCUUCAAAUGGGGAGGCACUCUUGUUGCUACAAACAGAAGUUAAGAAAAGGGCUCUGGUCUCCUGAAGAAGAUGAGAAAUUAUUGAGGCAUAUUACUAAGUAUGGCCAUGGUUGUUGGAGCUCUGUCCCUAAGCAAGCUGGUUUGCAAAGAUGUGGGAAGAGCUGUCGGUUAAGAUGGAUUAAUUACUUAAGACCUGAUUUGAAGAGAGGUACAUUUUCUCAGCAAGAAGAGAAUCUCAUAAUUGAGCUUCAUGCAGUUCUUGGCAAUAGGUGGUCUCAAAUUGCGGCACAAUUGCCAGGAAGGACUGAUAAUGAAAUAAAAAAUCUUUGGAAUUCUUGCUUGAAAAAGAAACUCAGACAGAGAGGCAUUGACCCUGUUACACAUAAACCACUUUCAGAAGUUGAAAACAAUGGAGAAGACAAAACUUCACCUACCCACAAAACCCUAGAUAAAGAACUCAAUCUCCUUGAAGCCAAUAAUUCCUCCAAGUCAGCUCCAAUUUUACCAGACAAAAAACCAUCUCAACAUUCUAACACGAACACCAAUUCGAUGACGUCAUCCAUAAGUAACAAAGAUUAUUUCACAAGCAACUGUCAACCGUCGGAUUUGGUCGGAAAUUACCCUCUCCAGGGAUUAAAUUAUGCAAGACUCGCCACUCAUUCAAAUCCUUCACUUUGGUUUACUCAAUUAUCCAACAAAACAUUCGACAUGAACUCAGAAUUUUCUUCCACUUCAAUACCCACCAUUCUCCCGCCGACAACAAGCUCAUUUCUUACUUCAUCAAUGGCUUUCAAGCAUUCCGAUGAUCACCCUUCUUCAUUAUCCACCUUCCAGCUCAGCAACUCGCGGUUCUGGGAGGCGGGUGCGGCGAGUAAUAACAGUAACAGCAGCACCGGAAGCAGCGGCAACGCUGAGCUUCAAAGCAACAGUCCGUUCUUUGAGAACACUAUGUUUCCGUGGGGAUUAGGAGAUUGCAGUUCGACCGAAAAAGAGACGCAAAACCAGCUGAUCGGAAACCCACCGGAGGAAGUUAAGUGGCCUGAGUUUGUACAGAACCCGUUGCUGAUGGCUACGGCUUUACAGAAUCAAAACCAGCAAUCUUUAUACAAUGAGAUUAAAUCAGAAGCGCAUUUUUUCACUGAGAAUUCGAGUGGUAUGUGGGUUCAUAGCCAACAUCAACAGCAACAGCAAAAUGAAGGACCGUACCAUAAUUCUGAUAUUUGUCCGAAAGAAAUUCAAAGACUUACAGCAACUUAUGGACAUAUUUAGAGGAGGAAAUUAAGAUGCAAUUCUCUACCUAUUCCUUUAAUUUCAAAGGUGUGUGCCAUAGUUUAUAGAUUUCAUUUUCUCAUGUACAUAGGUCUGAUACAAAAACCAGAACAUUUCUCAUCACUGCUUUUAAAAUAUUUGUGAACCCCAAAAAAAAAUUGUUAGCUUAUUUGAUUUGAUUUUUCAUUUUAGUUCUUGGGUGUGGGGCAGAAUUGCAGAAUAUAUAAGGGUUCUGCCAGUGUAUUUCUUCUCCUCUUUUACCUCAUUGCAUAUGCAUCAUAGUGUUGCAAUUUUAUCUGUAAACAAUCCAAACAAAUUGUAAUUGAUCCAUGGAUUUAUAAUUUAUUCCCUUUUUCCUUU